CACACACAGCCCGGGAGAGCACUGAGAGGAGGACACACACACACACACAUACACACACACACAUUGGCGGGAGCAGAUGGGGGAGGGCGCAAACACACACACACACAUUCAGCAUCUUCAGCUGAUCUGAGCGUCAGAUUUAGGCGCGUCUCACUCCGCUGUCAGGGUGUCUUGACACUCCCGGCUCUACUCAAUAUUCCAGCAUUUUUCUGGCAGCAUGGCGGAGGGCUCUGGCUCAGCAUCAGUAGCAGAGAUUGAGAUGGCAUUCCAGAAGUUUGCAGUUCAUGGGGACACCAAAGCCACAGGGAAGGAGAUGAAUGGGAAGAACUUUGUCAAGCUGUGCAAAGACUGUAAGGUGAUCGAUGGCAAGAACAUCACCAGCACAGAUGUGGACAUCGUCUUCAGCAAAGUCAAAGCCAAGACAGCUCGGGUGAUCACGUUCGAGCAGUUCACUCAGGCCAUGGUGGAGCUGGCUCCAAAGAGGUUUAAAGGGAAAGGCCAGGAGGAGGCGCUGCAGCAGCUUUAUGGCCUCAUCGCAGGAAAAGAGCCAGCCAAUGUUGGGGUCACGAAAGUGACAAAGGCAGCUGCAGUGGACCGUCUGACAGACAGCACUAAAUAUACUGGCUCUCAUAAGGAGCGGUUUGACGAGUCCGGAAAAGGAAAAGGUAAAGUGGGGAGAGAGGACAUCCCCGAUACCAGCGGCUACGUCAGCGCAUACAAGGGUCAGGGCUCCUAUGACAGCAAGGUGAAAGAACAGGAGUGAAAGAGAGGAGGAACAGGAGGGCAGAGGAGAGGAAAGGUGAAGAGAAGAGGAAAAAAAUCAUGUUACCUUCAUCUUGAUGCAUGUUGCAUUGUGUAUUAUGAACUUUAGCAUAAUUGGAGCUUGAUUAGUUUUACCAGGUGAGGUUGUGUGUUGUGCAAUCCGAUUGGCCAUUAGAUUCAGGAUAAAGUAUCAGUUAAAUUUCCUCAAAAUCCCCUCCGACACGCCAGAUUGAAAGGUCAUAGCCCCACUUGGGUACUCAUGCUAAUAUGCAGAUAUAAAGAAUGUAUUGCCCUACAAAUACUGACAUGCAAUUUUUGUACUUUGUGCUUUAUUUUGAUUUGGCCAUGACCACAGAACAGGAAAGUCAUGCUUGUCCAGUAAUGAGUAGCAACUUCAAUCAGCAAAAUUCAGAAACAUAAUACUAGCUAGCUAGCAACUAGCUAACCUAAUGCAGUAGUGUACAAAGGAGACAAACACAUCCAGCACAUUUGCAAGCAUGGUUUUAUGAAAAAGUUUUCUGAUGCCCACAAAUUUGUUUUAAUAUCCAAUUUCUCUAAUUUCUUUAGAUCAUUUUUAAUUUUCUCACUUUAUAAAUAAAUCUAUUCACUUCCGUGUCAUGGUGUUAUUUUACAUUUUAAAAAGUGGGAAAAUGUGUGUUAGCUAUCUCUUAUAUGUCUAUUUAGCUGCCACUUCACAGCUUCAUAGUCUGGACAAAGUCAGCUUUGCACCAUAGGAAAAACUCAAUAACAAUAACAACACACCACAUGCCAAGUAUCGCAGCAAAAAGAAACAGUAUUUUUAUUGUUAUUGAAUUUUUCCUGUGGUGAAACACUGACUUUCUCUAGGCUAUGAAGUUGUGAAAUGGAUUCUAAAAAAAGGUAGACAUAUUAUAGAUCGCUAUACCAAUGUGACAACACACCACAUGACAGCAAAAAGUUGUACACUAAAAGCAUUGCAGCUCAUAGCCUUAAUGACAACAAAGAAAUUGUCAUUGAGUGCCAAUUUUAGCAGUAUACUCUUUGUCUUCCUCUCACCAAAAAGUACUUGUUUACUACAAGAUGACACAUGCUAAUAUUAACACAGAAAACUAGCUAGGUACGAUUAGCUAGCACAGAAGCUGCCUAGCUAGCUAACAUUACCCUUCUGGUUGCCAAAAGGUCUUACCAGCCUUUGUUAUUACAUUACAGGCAUUUCAAAGCAUAAGCUCGGUGGCAUAUUUCAAGGGAAACUACAGUAGUCACUUCAGCUGGCUAAUUAUUUCGCUAUGCUGUAGCUGUAGAGCUAUAGAUAAUAUUCAAUUGACUUCACACUUGUCACUGCCACCAUAUUGUUGAAAUACCACCAGUCGUCAUGGGCGAUGACACAGUGAUCAACAUCUCGGAUAAAACUGACUUUUUCUUGAGAUCUAGAUUUGGAAGCCAUAGCCGACAGUGACUGUUCAUACGUAUUAUGCAGAUAGAAUGUCAACCAUAUGGAGACCAGGCGCUUCACUUCUGUCAUAUUCCUUUCAAUUUCUGUAGUUCUUUCUCUUCAUGGUUUCACAGUGUAAACUGUACUAGUUUGUAGGGAUUGGCAAUUUUGUUAAUUCUACAAAAAAAUGAAGUAGCCCUCACAGUGGCGCUGCUUGAGCUUGGAGCUAGCAAGCUACAACGGUAGGGCUAGGCGAUGUGCAGCAUGAAGUAGAGGUGUCUCCCUGUCCUGACUGGCUAGAUGUCCCUGGUCAAAUUAAUUUGUUUCUUCUCCCGGCCAUGAAGAGUUGAUCAGACUACUCAGAAAAGUAUUCUGACUUUAAAAUUGACAACCUCACCUUUAACUUACAUUACGUCACCCGGUGAAACUAAUCCAGCUUGAAUAGGGCUUUUGUAUCUGUGGCAUAUUUGUGAAAAAAUGCACUGAACCAAACUAACCUCAACAUCCAGGGUCAUUUAUAGAAACCAUUUGUACUCCUGUCUUUGGUUUCCUUGCCUAUAUGGACCUGUUUAAUAACGCUUGAGCAAGCUUUGCGUAAUGUUCCAGGCCUGUUUUCAGGAACACUUUCUCGCUACUUGUGCCUUAUAUAUUAACUGUAAUGUUGAUGGUAGUGCAAGAGCUUCACCUGUAGCUAUUGGCCUUUCUGCCUGUCUGCCGUUCCACCUGUGUGUGCUAUAUUUACAGCUGCACAGACUGCAAUAUAUGAAUAUGAAUACAUUGAAACAUAAAUUUGUGAAUAUACUUUUAAGUUUUAUUUUAUUAAUGUAUGUUAAUGAAUUCUAUAUGCAUUCCAUGCAAUAUCGUUUCUCCAGGCACUAAAUGCUGUUUUAUGUGUAAAGUGAUGACACUUAGAUUAAGACUAAACUACAUUGCAAAAUUAGCCUGAUCUCUCUCUUUCUCUCUCUCUCUCUCUCUCUUUCUCUCUCUCUCUCUUAGUCAUUGAGAAUGUCACUCUUCCAUGCUGGUUAAGCUCUGUUAUAUCCACUUUGUGCCUCUGUUUUUGUGUCAUGUUGUGAGCACCCAGAAUACUCUUCAAUAAAGCUGACAUUCAGUGGCUCAUU